GAUGAAAAGCCUGUAGGCCUUUUACAUGCAUGUUUAUAGGAAGUGGCCAGGAAUCAAACCCACCAAAGUCACCAUCCAAAACAAGAUUCUUCUCCGGGAAACACCUUCAAUUACCACCACCAAGACCACCCUGGGCCACCUGGCAGCUGUGGAAGCCCGAGAUGCUGUCUACCUGAAAUAUUUAGCAUUAUUUGAAGAGGAGUUGAAGAAGAUCCAGGAUGACAACAUGUCACAGGUGAAGGAAGCUCAGUGCUGGAGAGACAGCUGGAGGAGCUCUGUGCAUGCCAUCCAGGGCCUCUACUUGUAAUACCCUCAACCUGCCCCAAAUAAAGGCUCAUUUUA